GUGGCAACAAGCCAAGCCAGGGUCCGUCAUCUUACAAAGUACUGUAUCGCACAUCCAUCCAUCCCACCCUUCGCGACAAACCGAUUGCCGCCGUCUCCGACACAAUGGAUACCUGACUGUCUUCUCGCCAUACCCGGAUUUCCGUUCUCAUCCCGAAUCAGCAUUUCCACAACAGUCCGCCUGAUAAGAUGCGGCUCGCGUGGUACGCAGGGGCCUCCACGGCUCUCGCAGCCGCCGUGGUUGCGUCGGCGUUCUAUCAGCGCGCCAACUUCUACUCUGCCAUGGUGCAUCUCGCCCAGAGCAGCCUCUCAUUGAUGGUUCUUGUCAACCUCAUCUUCGUCGUCUACGGCUCGUUCAUGUAUGGCCUCCAGCGCCUCUGCUUCGGCCCCCUUCGCCCGACCGAGAUAGAACAGCUCUAUGAGAAGGCAUGGUUUGCCGUUACGGAAACGUGCUUGGCCAUGACCAUCUUCCGCGAUGAGCUCGGCGCCUUCUUCCUCGUCAUGUUCACGGCCCUGGUCACGGGCAAGGUAUGGGGUUGGAUUGGAGACGGACGUGUCGACGUCCUCGAGCAACAACCUCCCGCAAAUCCGCGACUCUUUCACGCUCGUCUCGGUCUCUCGCUAUUUAUAAGCGUUGCUUACGACAUUUGGCUCCUCACAUAUUCCGUCAACACAGUGGUGGAAGAAGCUCGCCCCUCGAUGAUGCUCAUGUUUCUCUUCGAGUUCGCCGUCCUCGCCGUGAACUCGCUCCACACUGUUGCUCGGUAUAUUAUCUCACUCGCGGAGCAGCAUGUUGUUAAAACGCAGACGCGGCAGCGCUUGGAGGAUAGACGCCGCCGUGUUAGGGAGCAAAGAGCCGAAAUUCUGAGGCGCCGAGAGGCUGAGGGAGCUACAGGGGACAACGAAGAGCUUCCUGACGAGAAUGAUAUUGACGAGAUGGAUAUUGAGGUGCCUGGUUGGGAAGCAAAGGGUCAAUGGGUCUUAUCCCUCGAUUUGCUUGCUGACUUCGUCAAGUUUGGCAUAUACACAACCUUUUUCUGCGUUCUGAUGAGCUUUUAUGGCCUCCCGAUUCACAUUAUGCGGGAUUGGUUUAUGACGACGAGGUCGUUUCUCAAGAGGCUCCACGCCCUCAUCCGCUACCGCCAAGCCCUCAAACAUAUGGAUCAGUAUCCGGACGCUACCGCCGAGGAGCUUGGCCGAGAGGACACCUGCAUCAUUUGCAGGGAGGAAAUGCGUCCCUGGGAUCGCAACGACCCUUCGCAAGUUGAGCGUAGCCGCGCGAAGAAGCUCCCUUGCGGCCAUAUCCUGCACUUCGGCUGUCUUAAGAGCUGGCUGGAACGGCAGCAAGUGUGCCCAACUUGCCGGCGUCCGGUUGCCAGGGACGGACCGCAGCCGGCCGCUAAUGCCCCCGCUGGCGUUCUUGGGCUCUUCCCUGCCGGGCAGAACCGACCGCCGCAGCCCCCGGCUAACGGCCAGGGAGCUCCUGGCAGAGACCAGCCGCCUCAGGGAGCCGGAGCCGGGGCAGCGGAUCGCCAGCAGAAUAACCCAGUCGCAAACCCGAAUCCGAACAUCAGGUUGUUCAACCUUGGGCCUCUUAGGUUGGGCUUUGCCCAGGGCGGAGUCGACGACAUUAGGGAGAUGGCGCAGCGUAUGCGGCUGCCUCCGGGCGCCGUGAACUUGCCCGUACCGACGCCUACGGUCCCUGCAGCUCAAGAGAACAAUGCAUCGGCUCCCAGCCUUGAGCAGAUCCGCGGGCAGCUCAUGGCGUUGGGGCAACAAGUCCGGCAAGACAUCAUCAAUGCGCACAACGCAGCACAUGAGGUCCAUGUCCUGAACCUUUUAAUGAACGAAAUCAAUCGCCUCCGUCAACUGCAACAACAGCACCAGAACCAGCAGCAAGGCGCCCAAUUUGCCGCCCCGGGCAUAGUCCUAAGUGGACAAGCGUCCUUACCACAACAACAACAACAACAGCAACAACAACAACAACACGGGGUAACGCACCCGUCCACGCAUUUACCCGUGCAGGCGUCCCUCCCUAUCCCGCGUUCUCCGAAUCUCGUGGCCGAAAGGCUUCCUCCCGGUGUAACCCGGCAUGUUGGCACGGGUUACGGAGCAGCCAUUCCGGCGGGCAGUCCCGACUUGCCAGAAGGGGUGGUCAUUCCGCCGGGUUGGUCGUUGCUCCCUCUCCAGCGGCUGGAUGGCGAUGUACUGUCGUCUGAACAAACACACAACGCUCAGGCACAUGCCCAGGAUAUACUACGAUCGGUCUUUGGAAAUCAUCCUCGAUCCAGGGGUACCAGCCCCGCUCCUCCCAGCAACUUGUCUACACAACUAGGACGGUCCGGCGCACAGGCAGCUCGCAACGUACCCGAAUCAUCUCGACGACCGGGUUCGCAGGGUGACACGGCCGCACGUAGGCAGCCCCCUGUCACCGCGCCUGUACCUUUGGCGCCAAACUGGGGAGGUUCGGCGCAGCUAUUUGGGGGCGAUCGGACCACGGGACCAGUUUUGGGGUACCAAGUGGAGCAGCGGCCAGCGCCACACGAAGAGCCCGGGGAAAGCAGUGGUGGUGGACCGGCGGCGAGCACAUCGACAACGGUAACCGGAGGCGCUUCCGGGGAGAGCAGCAGUGAGCAGCAAACCGGAGGAACCGAAGUGAACGGGAGUACCAGCCAUAGAGGACCUAGGGCUGCGACGGUUGAGGAAGCGGAGGAUGAGGAUGAACAAUGAAUGUCUGUACCGUUAGUUAUCACCUUUUUGCCACUCUCGAGCAAGCGCAAUACCGAAAUUGUGUCGGGCGUUAGGUUGGGUUUAUCUUUAGAUCUGUUUUGAGCCGGGAGGCAGGCUGGCUUGGUUGGGAUGUUGAGGUAUCAAUCCAGCGCAGCGUAUUCAGGAUGUGGUACACAUGAUUAGAACAGAACUAAGGUACCUACCUCCUUAAGAGUUUCCGCCGAAAUUUGAAGGGCGUGCAACGCGAAAACAGCCUUGCACAAGAUACGUACUGUACCUGGGAG